CGCUGAGAAUUUAUUGUGAUAAUUCUGCAGCUGUAUUCUUCUCUAAGAAUGACAAGUACUCGAAGGGUGCUAAACACAUGGAGUUAAAGUACUUGUCCGUAAAAGAAGAAGUGCAGAAACGUAGAGUUUCAUUUGAGCAUAUUAGGACGGACAUGAUGGUUGCGGAUCCGUUAACUAAAGGUCUACCACCCAAGGCGUUCAUUGGCCAUGUAGAGCGUAUGGGGAUUAUAGACAAAGCCUUGCUAUAUUGAUUGUAGUAUGCUCGUUUUAUGUAUGAUACUAUGAAUUCACUUAAAGUAACGUUUCUGGAUUUAUUAAGUAUGUUAUCGUUAAAGUAUGUGUAUACACUUAAGGUUUAUGGAUAACAUAUAGUUAUUUUGAGAAUUAAGGUUUCUCUCAUUGUAAGGAAAUUAUAAAGUUAGAAUUGGUUUGUGAUACAUGGAAGGGAGCAUGUCGUUCAAUGAUGUGUAACCGCCAUGAUUCAAUCAAUUUUAAUUUUAAUUUAAGUAAUUAAAGAUCUAAUAAACUUGAUGUUAAAGCGCGCAUUAAAGUUAUUAAACCAUUAACUUGACACAAAGGCCAAGUGGGAGAAUGUAAGAAUAUUUUAUUCUAUGUGGCCUAUGUGUCUUUCGGUUUAAUUAUAAAGUUCAAGUUUAUAUUAAAGUUAAAGAUUCUAAUAUUAAAGACGAUACCGUGAUGGAUCGGUUUCGAUUAAAGAAUUAGAAUUCGGGUGUAUUGAUAACCCUCUUCCCUUGCCUUAAUUAUAUUUUAUAAGUAAUAUAUAUACAUGUAUAUGUUAUGUUCAUGCAUUAUUAAAGUGGUGGUUAUUACGAACCAAUACAACCCUUGGUAGAUGCUAUAUACAUGUAUAUAUAUGUGGUGUUAAACACGUCAAAGGUUACGUUUUUGUUCUCGUCACGAGAGAAACAAAAACAGAACAAUAACUAGACAUAAAAAAUAUCAAGUGAAGGGUUAGUGAUCUUCUCCAUCAAAGAUCACGUGAAAGGAACAAGGACAAAGGGGAGAAGAAAUCAAUUGGUGAAUUGAUUCCAUUACAAGCCUAAUUAAGCAAUGGAUCAAGGGAGUUCUGGUUGAUGUUCUUGGGAACAGAGGUUACAUUGAUCUCGGGAUUGCAAGAACAGCGACUAUGGAAGAAGUUAUGAACAGCCAUCGAAGCAGGAGGCAUCGGGAUGCAAAGCUGAACCAUAUAGAGGCUGAAAUAAGUGCAACCAGAGAGGCUAGGAAAAUUGAUGAGGAAGACGUCCAUAUGUGGAAGUGGAGAUCAGGUUUUAAGAAGUGUUUUUCAACCCGUGAGACAUGGAUGCUCAUUAGAGAAGAGCGACCAAAAUGUGAAUGGGCUAAAGGUGUCUGGUUUCCACAAGCUACAACGAAAUAUGCUUUCAUCACAUGGCUCGCUAUGCAUAAUCGUUUAGCCACGGGUGACCGUAUGAUGAAGUGGAAUCAACAGCCGAACACUGCAUGUGUACUAUGUCAAGCUCCGAUGGAGACAAGGAACCACCUUUUUUUCCAUUGUCGUUACUCUAAGCAAGUUUGGGGAAAGCUCAUGAAAGGCAUUCUGCAAAAUAAAUACACCACAGAUUGGAAUCAGCUUGGUCAGCUAGCUACACAUGAAACACUAGAUCAUCGAUCACAGCUUCUCUUGCGUUACACUCUUCAAGCAACGGUUCAUUCAUUGUGGAGGGAGCGUAACAACCGCCGACACGGUGAAGAGCCCACGACGUAUCAGAAACUCAGCAAACACAUUGACAAAACCAUUCGGAACAGGCUAAGUAUUCUUCGCAACUCCGGCGAUAAAAAGUAUGAGGAUAUCCUCAUGUUUUGGUUUGCUACUCGAAAUUAGUUCUUGCAUCUAUAGCUCUAAAAACACUUUCUGAAAAGCUACACAUGUUGUAACCCAGGUUUUUUUGGUGAAUAAAUUUUA